AUGCCUAAGGCACUAGGGACCCCAAUCCUGACUCCCCGAAGACCGAUAGGCACGGGCGAAUUGGGGAUAGCCCAGAAUGCCUCUUCACAAGAUAGGUUGCUGCUCAAGGUAGUGGGGGCCUUUUCGAUGCGCACCGAACUUGGGAAAAUGGUGGGACGGGUUGAAGGAUAG